UUAUAAAUUACACAAACAGUCUACCGCUUGUCUGCCUGUUCAGUCUUUUUCUGCUCGUACGUCCUGAACUUUAACAUUAAUCAUGCUGACUGAGGCCGGAGAGUCUGAGCUGUUGCUCGUUGGGUUACGUGGACCUUGGACUGAACUUGCUGGGACGUCCACUCCCGGGAAGACUGACAGCUGUCGUCAGGAGAAACAGCUGGAUGGAGGGCGUCGUGGCGGCAUUAAGCUGAGAUGAGAGGGAGGGCAGCGGAGACACAAACAGCAGAGCUUCGGAGUUCGGAGGAUGAGCGGAAACAUUUGGUGACUGGAGAGGAUUAGAGGAUUACUAACACAGCUGUCUGCACUCAAAGCAUCAUCCCCGAGCCUUCACUUGCUUCUCUGACCAUCACCUGUUCAUCUGCCAUCGUCUCAGCAUCGUCAGCGUGGACUGGUAGACGUCCAGCCUCCAGCGUGGAGAUGUCUGGGUUCCUCCACAGGGGAAGAGUUAUGGAAGGUUUAUGGCUUAACUGUGUGGGAUGGUUUAGGUGUCAGGCUUGGGCAGCCAGUGGUUUACGAGGCAAAGAGAAGUGUUGGAUCUCUUCAGCAACAACUGGAAAUUUUACGGGGACUGUGAUGCUCGCUGAGGAGAACAGGAAGAGUCAACUAUCAAGCUUCUAACUACUCUGAUCAGGCUGCCCUUCACCUUCAGCUGUCCAGGAAAUAUGAACCUCCUUCCCCCCGCCAUCCUCUUCCUCAUUUACACCUUUCAUUCCCCUGGGACCCUGUUCCCCUCAGCCGUGGGUUCGUGGGUGUGUCCACACCAGUGCAUCUGCUACGAGCAUGCAGACCUGGUGGACUGCCGCGACCGCGGGUUCGAGCAAGUUCCCAGGGGCCUCCCACAUGGCACGUGGUUGCUGGAGUUAGAAGGAAAUAAUCUAAGCAUCAUAAGCACCCGAGCUUUCACUGGACUCUGGUCCCUGCGGGUUCUGGUGCUGACCAGCAGCCAGAUCACAGAAAUCCAACCACAGGCAUUUUUCUCCUUGUCCUUCCUGGAGAAGUUGGAUCUGAGCUGGAACCUGUUACCAACUCUUCCUGUGGACUUCUCAGUCAGUCUGUCAGCUCUCAAAGAGCUGCGACUGGAGCACAACAACCUUCAUUUUAUAUCAGGAUACAGCCUGGAGUAUCUGGACAACUUGGAAAAGUUGGACCUCAGUUAUAACCAGCUGGCGUCUGUGGGCCCUGGUGUGUUCAGGGGCCUCUCGAGGCUCAGACAGCUCUACCUGCACAACAACAGACUGACUGUGGUGCAGCAGGGAAGCCUUGAUAUGCUGCCUGGACUUGAGGUGCUCCAGCUGAGCAACAACAACAUCUCCCAGAUUGACACUGAUGCUCUGGCUCCUCUCUAUAGUUUGGCAGUUCUCGAUCUGGAAAGAAACAACCUGCAUCAUCUGAAAUUUAAGACCUUCAUCAGUCUUCAUACAACAGCAACACACAUCCAGCUCUCUGGAAACCCGUGGAGCUGUGACUGUGAGCUGCAUCGUGUCUUCAGUAAGAUUUUACAUGUUCGGCAUCUCCACAUCGACGACUACCGCAACGUAACGUGUCAGGACCCUCCACAGCUGAUGGGGGCCUCGCUGGCCUGGGUGGACAGCCAGCUGUGUGUUGCAGAGACGGCCACCGUCCUGGUCAUCACCGUCACUGUGCUGGUCACCGUGGUAGCGGCUGUGGUGAUGGCUGAGAGGAACAGGAAGAGGAACCAUGAGAAGAACUGGGACACCGAGUCACAGAGUCCACCAUAAUGAGAACACAAGUGAGGAUGAGGAAGAGAACUAAUGAUAUAUAUGGAAGACUGAGAUCCCGACAGCGUCUUUACUGAUCAGAACUCUUGCAGCAUAUAGUUAGAAAUGGUUUGAUUUGACAGAAAAAUUAAGUUUUCCCUAAAAAGUUAGAAGCAUGCAAUUUAAUGAACAUCUAAAAUCCCUAGGACCAUUUUUAGAAUAUUUCUCCUGCUUUCUUUGAAGUUUUAACCCCUUCAGUCUGACGUGAUGCAGUAAAAGUUGCAGUUUAAUAUGUCGGCGACUCUUCAUGAAGCUACUUUGUCAGAAAUACAAGGCAUGUAAAAAAAGCAGCUGGUGCACAUGUUGACAAUGACUUUUUUUUUUAAGUUGGAAUUGAUUUAUUGCUGCUCAAA